AUGGGGGAGCAAGCGACGGUUCCGCGUCGCAUCACGCACGUCAUCUUCGACAUGGACGGCCUCAUUCUCGACACUGAAGGUCUGUACACGGUAGCGCAGCAGCGCAUUCUCUCGCGAUUCAAUCGCGAGUUCACGUGGGCGCUCAAGGUCAAGAUGAUGGGCAAGAAGGCCGCAGAGGCAGCAAAGGUGGUGAUAGAGGAGCUGGGGCUGCAGGGGGAGAUGAGCGCGGAGGAGUUUUUAAAGGAAAGGGAGAAUCUUCUGAGGGAGGAGUUCCCCCACUGCAAGCUGCUGCCAGAGGAGCUGGGGCUGCAGGGGGAGAUGAGCGCGGAGGAGUUUCUGAGGGAGAGGGAGAGGGAGGAGUUCUCACAAGGCAAGCUGUUACCAGGUGGUGGUGGAGAGCUGGGUCUGCAGGGGGAGAUGAGCGCAGAGGAGUUUCUGAGGGAGAGAGAGGCGCCGCUGAGGGAGGAGUUCCCCCACUGCAAGCUUCUGCCAGGAGCGGAGCGAUUGAUUCGGCAUCUGCACGAGCACAACAUUCCCAUGGCCAUUGGAACUGGCUCUCACAAGAUCCACUUUGGACUCAAGACGGCCAACCACACGGCCCUCUUCUCUCUCAUGCGUCACUCUGUGCUCGGGGAUGAUCCCGAGGUUGUCAAUGGCAAGCCCGCUCCGGACGUCUUCAGAGUGGCAGCUGCAAGAUUCGAUCCCCCACCGUCACCAGACAACGUGCUUGUAUUUGAGGAUGCUCCACUGGGCGUUGAUGCUGCCAGGAAUGCUGGAAUGUGA